GGAAGUUGAAAGUGCAUGACACGUCAGGUGAUUGUGCGCGGGGGAAGAUAUGUAGCCUCAUUUUGGUGUAUUGUUAUACAAGAGCCUACACAUGCGUGGUUUGUGUUAUUUAUUCCUGUCCGUCCUGAGCCAAGUUGGCUCCGAGGACGUCAAAGUCAGCGGUCACGUCGGGCGCAACGUCACGUUGCCCUGUGUCUACAACACCCGAGACCAUGGCCCCCUGGACUUCUGUUGGGGUCGGGGAAAGGUCCCCAGUUUCAAAUGCUCAAACGGCAUCGUCUUCAGCAAAAAUGGGGCGGUACGCUUCAUUAGCGGGUCUAGGUACCAGCUGCUGGGCCGCCUCGGUGAUGGAGACGUGUCCCUGACCAUCCUGAAUGCUCAACCCGACGACGCCGGAGUAUACGGCUGCAGGGUCGAGGUGCCAGGGUGGUUCAACGACCACAAAGCCAAUGCAUACUUGGCUGUGGAGGAAGUACCUUUGGAACAACCUGUCACUCACGUCAUUUUGGCGGCAACAACUAGAAGACAACAACUCAUUCCAGAUGAUGUUUCUGUAUCCAAACAUGCCGAAGAAGAUCAUUCAACAUUAAUCAAUAAAGGCAAAGCUGAGGAUUUUUUCACAGCGUUCCAGGAAGUGGGCAACAUUUGCAGACUUGCAGCUAUUGUCUCCUUCACUUUGCUCUUAAUCCCAAUCUUUAUUUCCGCAGAGAGACGACCUCGACAAAUUCAAUUAUUAAAAACAUUAACGAUGGAGAAUGUGUAAGAAAUGGUCUGAAUUCCCUCGAUUUCGCUCCUCAGCAUCGUUGGCUUGUAUCUGAGUUUUUUGUUGUUGUGAUUAUUAAAUACAAAGCGUAAAGCCUGCAUUCUCAUCUCAGACGGCCGAGGAACAUACGGCGUGUCAGAAACGUUCCACGCAUGCUGUCACAUGUUGUAUACAGUAUUUGGACAGCAGACUACACAUUUUCCACUUCAAUGUGGACCAGACGACCAACCAAACUUGAAAGGGACCUUGUGCAGUUUUCGGUUCAUCUCCUGGACUGCAUGAAGGCGAAGCAAAGAGUGGUGGGAAAACUAGUCGUUUGGAUUUGAAAUGAAUUUGAAUCUUUCUUUGGAAUUUGAAUCUUUUGCGACGCUAGUCCUGGAACUUUCUGGAAACACCUCAUACUGUAUUUACUGUAUCCUGCGCUUUCAUCUCAAUAUUGAUUUUCUGUAUUUGGCUUUGUAUUAAUAAAUUAUGAUGCCGUGUAAUUAAGUGUAUCAUAUUGAACUGACUUCAUGAAAUCAUAUUUGUUCAUGAUGUACUUUGUAUUAACAUUGUACAGAGCGUUUUAAGAUGAUUUCAGAUUUAUUAAAUUUAUUAUAUCAGAUUUGAAACAAUUGUGUUCCUUUAGUUUCAUGUUUGUGUUGUGUAAUGUAUAUGUAAUCUGCUGUUUACAUUAUUUUCAUGGUUGCUGUGCGUGACCAAGUGAUCGCUCCUACAUUCAGAAAUCUAAUCUAAAAGUGAAAUGAUUCAUUUGAGGUAUACUAUAGUUUCAUUGGCUAUUCCUGUAAAUCCUGUCCGCCCUCUCCCUCCCCUACUGUUGACAGCCCAUUCCCCUUUUAGAGCAAGCACAACAUGGAACUGUAUUCUUGAGAUUAAA